AUGUCCACGGCGAUAACCGAAACACAAUCCACACCACCCACCGUGGCCGCAACGUCUUCUUCCACGCCAACCCCCACGGGCGGUCAUUUGCAAUUUGGUGGAGUGAACGUUGCCGGCUUCGAUUUCGGAUCCUAUGAUACGUGUGGAAAAAUCACCCAGCCUCCUUACGUCGACCCCAGCAACUACGUCGCGCAGAUCAAUCAUUUCGUCAAAGACGACAAGCUGAACGCCUUCAGACUUCCGGUGUCAUGGCAAUAUCUUGUCAAUCAGUUUGAUGGAGCAGAUCUUAGUGUGAACACAUUAAGCCAAAAGAACUUUGCCAUCUACGACUCGCUUGUUUCAGGAUGCUUAGAUGCUGGGGCUUCUCUAUGCAUCAUCGACCUACACAAUUAUGCUCGGUUCAACGGCAAAAUCAUAGGGCAAGAUGGGCCCAGUGCUGUACAGUUUGCUAGUAUCUGGUCUCAACUGGCCACGAAAUAUGCUUCACAGAGCCGAGUUGCCUUUGGACUUAUGAACGAACCCCAUGAUGAGAGCUGCAACUCACCUAACGGUGGAGUGAUCAGUAUCACUGGAUGGGCUGAUACGCUCCAGAGUGCGGUCAAUGCUAUCCGCCAGGCAGGAGCCAUAACGCAAAUGAUUCUGCUUCCAGGCAAGGGCUGGACGCAUGCAAACACCUACCUCCCCUCAAACUCGGAUGGUUCUGGUCCAGCAUUGAUGGGCAUCACAGAUCCGUCCGGAGGAACUUCCAAGCUGGUCUUUGAGGUCCACGAAUAUCUGGAUUCCAAUAAUUCAGGAUGCAAUUGCGACUGCGUUGCCAAUAAUGUCGGGACGAACUAUGGACGAGGAGGCCUUUCGAAUCUGGCGAACUAUCUACGAUCAAAUGGUCGUUUUGCUCUGCUCACCGAAACUGGUGGUCUGAACAAUGCAAACUGCGCACAAUUCCUUUGUCAGGAGCUCAGCUACCUCGCGAGUAAUUCCGAUGUAUUCCUAGGGUAUACGGCCUGGUCUGCUGGAGGAUUCGAUACCAAUUACGAAUUAACGUUAACUCCAACUCGGAACGGAAAUGUUUGGACAGAUACAUCACUCGUUCAGAGCUGCGUUGCGAAAUGCUUCCAGGGGCAGUGUUGA